CUCCGCGCUUCCACCCCCUCUGCCUCUGUCUCUACCCUUCUCGGCUGCACUCUCCCCCCAACGUUUUCACACCAAUGAGCAUGCUGCAUGUAGCUCCCACUCGCUGGCAUCAGAAACACUAGAUAUCUUCAGUCCUGAGCUGCACAAUUCCAUACAAAUACACACCAGCAUUGGCUAGACGGAGGCUGCAAUCUGCCAAAACGUGCGUUGGGGAUAGGCAGUGGUUAAAGAGAAGGGGAGAAAUAGUCCAGCUGCUUUCACACACACCGGACUCAAGCAGGAUCUGCACCAUGAAGACCAGACUAGGCUGCCUGUCCAACAAAUCUGACUCCUACAAUGACUUCUCAGAGUUCCUGCCUCCUGCUCACGAGACCACAGCCAGAUGUCUGAAACUAUCGACGGACGAGGUCGUCCGAUGGUCUGAAUCGUUUGAUCAUCUCCUCUCCCACAAAUAUGGGCUAGCUGCGUUCCGGACAUUUCUCAAGACAGAAUUCAGCGACGAGAACAUUGAGUUUUGGAUGGCCUGCGAGGAGUACAAAAAGAUCAAGAGUUCCGCCAAGCUGGUGUCGAAAGCAAACAAGAUCUUUAAGGAGUUCAUUGAUGUACAGGCACCGAGAGAGGUGAACAUUGACUACCGCACCAGGGAAAAGACCAAGCAGAUCCUGGCAGACCCAUCCCCGACCAGCCUCAACGAGGUCCAAGCUAAAGUCUACAGCCUCAUGGAGAAGGACUCCUACCCACGGUUUCUCAGGUCCAAGAUGUACCAGGAUAUAGUCAACAGGGCACAUGCACAAGGCCAGCGGAGGUCUGUUUGACCAAACCCAGCGACCACAGUGGACAUGAAUCCGGAACCUUCGCUGUAGACCGUUUACCCAAUGACAUCAAAUCUCAAUACUGUGAAUCUGCGACGAUGGGGUGACCCUCUAGACUGUUUCCUUUGUGUACACCAGCUCCUUGCAUGCAAUCCCUCUAGAUAAGACAAAGUCUCUGUGGACUGCACUGUACACAGAAGGGACUGGAUAAGGAUAAGCUAACUGUGUUACCUCCGUCUAGUGCUGGGCAAAUAUUAUCACAUGAAAACACCUACGUCACGCAAUAAUGAGAUUUAUCACAAUAUACACAUGGUUGUAUCCAGUUAUUUAUUUGAAGAAGUCAGUCAUACACAACGCGAAUAAAUGCAUGCUGUUGUAUUCAUGUAAUUUUUAAUAAUCUAAAUAUUUUCUGUAAAAGGGGCCUUGAUGACGAUAAACACCAACACUUGACAUGAGCCCCUUAUUGGCAGUAGAAAACACAGUACAUACUUUAUAUUAUUUUACCUGCUUAGAUGUGGCAUAAAAAACAGCUUUAUUAUUGCAACAAUGCACAAACACGUGGUUAUAGUUACUAAAUGUGUUGUUGACCCCUCCGUCCACCCCAAGCUCCUCCCUAUGGAACCCUUCACCCACUAGAGCCAAUUGCUUCAUAUAUCAAGUCAAGUCAACUUUAUUAUCAAUUUUGACAUGUGCAACACAAUACAGGAUAGAAAUUACCUUCCUCACAGGCCUACGGUGCAGCAGCAAAACAAAAAAUGUACACAACAUGUUAAGAAUAUGUAAAAUAUAAAGAAAUAUAUCCCUUAUAUACAAAGUAGACUAAAGAGAAACAAUACAAACCUCAUAUACACUGAGCUUUAGUCACCUCACUUCCUCCUUCUUUUGCUAAUGUAUUAUUAUGGUAGCUAGAGCUGCAGUUCACCGAGUGGCCACUCGAGGCUCCAAAGGGGAACAAAUCUCCAUGUUAAAAGUCCAGCUUUACAGCAUUAUUAAACAUGUCUACAGCAUGUUAACAUUCAACUCAUUUUUUUUAGAAAAUUCUGCAUAAUUCCCACUUUGAGUGACCUAUUAGCUUGAGCUAACAAGUUGGGUGGGAGGGUCUCAAUGCCCAAGCUCCUUUAGCUCCGCCCCAACACGACCCCAAUGCCCAUAUUUGGAGUAUCCAAAUGUGGGCCUCAUGUAAACCUCAUUCAACAUUUCGACCACAGGCUCCACCCACUUCAGGCUUCAUUUUCGAGGUUCAGAAUCAAAUGGGUGACAUCACGAUGAGCUUGUCCAUAGUUUAAACAGCUUUUUGGACGGGAGGACAGUUUAUUGGGUCAGACUAGAAACCAGUCUUCAGUUGAACAGGCCUUCCCCUUUAUACUGUUGUUACACUGUAUUUACCAUGAGGAGUGAUUGACUGUUUUGUGGACUUCACUUCCCCUUAUUGUCCAUUAAACUUGACUGGAUUUACUGCCAUUGUCUAUAUUGUACUGCUGAGAACAGUAUACUGAGAUACUUAUCAUUAUUGCGUUAUUGCCCGGCCUUGCCACUACUACUAUUGCCACUACUUAUCUUACUCUCUUUGUGAAUAGACACUGUUUGUAUGCAGGUGACUAGAUUGUGGUAGCUUGUGUGUUUACAACAAACAGAUAACAAGUGAGUGACCACCUAAUAUCUGAAACUGUGCCAAAAUAAUGAAUUGCACUUAAGAUAUUGAUAUUGCAUAUUCUUGUGUAUUGUAAACCUUUCCAGGUAUUCUGUGUGAUAUUAAAUGUGGAUUAUACAACGGGGUUGGAUUAAUUUCCGCGUUCAGUUGACUCAGUAGAAGAGUUUCUAUCCUGUAGAAGUCACCCCUAUUCAACUUGUCCAUGAAUUGUAAGGUUUUAUUGAAGCCUUGACACUGAACUACUAAUAUUAACGCACAACAUUAACCUUUACAUUAUUCUGACUGACUUAAAUGGAAAUUAUGGGUUUAACAAGACACAUUUGCAAAAGUCUACUGUUAUUAUUAUUUUCAGCAUGAUGCAAUACUACUGAAUAAUUCUUUAUAUAAUCUUGUACAGUAUGUUAUGCAAAAAAAACACACACACAAUCAUGUGCUCUCAGCAUUUGAUGUUUUCCCUCAGCACAUGGUUCCUUUAAAUAAGCUGAAUGGAAACACUUUUUAAGCAUUUAAGGGGUGAUGUUUUCUUCUUUAGCGCAUGUGUACCAUAGAGGCCAGCCUGUUCCUGUGUUUCAUAUGAAUGUAACCCUUAUAUUUUGUGAUUAAAAACAAAAUAAAUAAAAAAAAGUGUGUAUAUA